CAGCACCAGCAGCAGCCUCCUCGGCGCACCGGCCCCAUCAAGAAGCCGGUGCUCAAGGACCUCAAGACGGCCGACCGGGACGACAAAUCGGCCGGCUUCUCCGACGGCAAGGCGGCGGGCGGCGACGCCGGCACGGAUGGCAAGGAGCCUGGCGCCAGGGGGGGGGCGGCGGCGGCGGGGGGGGGGCGGGAGGGACGCGCGCCCCGACCGCUCGCUCCCCCCGCCCGACGGCGGCGGCGGCAAGGACGGCGGCGCCGGCGGGGUGUUGCCAUCGAGGCCUCUGCGCCGUCGCGACCCGGCCUUUGAGCAGCGCGUCUUCCGCGGCCGCGGCGGGGCGACCGUCGGCGGCGUCGGCGGCGGGCUAGCCGCCAACCCCGGCGGCGGCGUCGGCACGAGAGUGUCGAGAGGGGGCGGCGCCGUCGGCUCGCUUGCGGCGGCGUCGCGUGGGACGUGUGCCGGCGGCGGCGGCGCCGGUCCCGGUUGCUCACCGGCGACACGGGGCAGAACCGGCGCCGGGCACCACCGCGAAUUCCCAGUUUACCGCGACCCGCGCUUCCGCUACGGCGGCGCCAGCGGCGGGCAGUGGGGCGCGGAGGACGACAGCGAGAAUUCCGAUGCCGGCGGCGGCGCCGGCGUGGAACUGGCCAAGCGGCGGCGCCAGCAGCGGGCGUCGGUGAGCGACGCCGAGAGCGACGCGCUGGACGGUUGCGGCAGCACCGGCAAGAGAGAGGCGUCCGGCACCACCAGCAACAACAACGGCAGCGGCGGGGGCGGCAACCGUGGGCAGCAGCAGCAGCUGUUGGCGCCAGCUCGGCUGCUCGGGCUAGACCAGCAGCAGCCGCAGCAGCAGCAGCAGCAGCAGCAGGCGGGGUUUGGAGCGGUGAGGGCCGCCGUGGCGCCAGCGGCGGCGUCGGCAUCGGCGCCAGCGCCGGCCGCAGGCGAAGAGAAGCAGGACCGGCCGUUUGCGCCGAGGGGGGAGCCGAGUCGCCGGGGCCGUGGGGGGGCGCUGUCGCGGGGCGUGGCGCGCGCCAGCAUGGUGCUGUCGGCACGGCACCAGCAGCUGCACCAGCAGCAGCAGCAGCAGCGGCAGCACCAGCACGAUUGCGUCGAUUGCCCUGCCGGCCCCGACGGCUGCUGCUGCUGCCCACUGUCGGCGUCUUCGCCGGCGGCGGCGGGGGGGGGGCCGCCGGCGGCGGACGGCGCCGGGCGGCCCGGCUUCAACGAGCGCUGCCGGGCGGAGCGACCGCCUCGGCGCCAGCGCCCGGCGCGGCCGCCCCGCCAGGACAAACCGCCGCGUUUCCGGCGCCUCAAGCAGGAGCGCGAAGCCGCUGCGGCCGCGGCGGCGGUGGCCGCGGCGGCGGCUGCCGUCGCCGCUUCGGGCAGCGCCGGCUCGGUGGAGACUCUGUCGCCGCUGUCGUCGCCGACGCCGGCGGGCGCCGGCAACGACGACGACGACUGCGGCGGCUGCGGCGGCGGCAACGACAACAACAACAACGCGGCCGCGGUUUCGUGCGACGCGCCGGCGCAACUCAACUCGGCGGCGGUGGCCGCCGCCGGAGCAAACGGCGCCGGUGGUGCCGGCGGCAGCGCCGUGGCGUCGGGGAGCAAGUCGCCGGACCUGUCCAAUCAGAACUCGUCGGACCAGGCCAACGAGGAGUGGGAGACGGCGUCGGAGAGCAGCGACUUCAACGACCGGCGGGAGCGCGACGAGCGCGACGACGCGCUGCAGGCCGCCCUGGCGCUGGCGCCCGCGCCGGCGCAGGAGGGGGCGGCGGCCGACGCAGAUCUGGCGGAGUCCGGGGGGGGUGGCCGCAAGGACGGCGCUCCGGGGUCGUCGUCGUCGUCGGCCAAGCGUAGCUUCUCGAGCCAGCGGCCCCUCGACCGCCAGAAUCGUCGCCCGGUGGGCAACGGCGCCGGCCAGGGCCAGGGCUACGCGGGCGGAGGGGGAGGAGGAGGGGGGGGGCGGCACCAGCGGGCCAGCCCCGCGGGCAACGCGCGGGCAGACAAGAGGAACGGCCCGGGGUCUAAAGGCAGGAGGCGCAGCUCUGUGGAGGACGCGCUGGGAGACACGGGGACACGAGCCAUCUCCCCGGCUCCGGACGGCGCCGACGCCCGCGACCCGCCGCCCACGGCGGGAUCGGCCGCGGUGGCGCCGUCCGUCUCCCCGUUUGCCGCCGUGUUCCGCGUCGACCGCGUCAUCCCCAGCGACCCGGGCGCCAUCGCUCGCGCCGUCACCAACGCCGCCAGCGCCGCACGGAGGCUCGGUGACGGCUCCGGGGGGCGGCAGCAGCAGCAGCAGCGCCAGCAAGGGCAGCAGCAGCAGCAUCAGGGGAGAGUGGGCGCUAGCAGGAGGUCGGCGAAGACUGACGCGCUGGCGCAGUUCGACCUCAACAACUACGCCGGCGUGGUGGUGAUCGACCACCGCCCGAAGGGGGACGAUGAAGACAACGAAGAUCACGAGGACGAGGAGGAGGAGGUGGCCGGGUGUGCGGGAGAUGAAGAGGAGGAGGAUGGAGAGGCGGUCCCGGUGCUGUCGCGUGGCGGCGGCGGUGGCGGCGGUGGCGGCGCUGCGGCCUCCGUGGACGGCUUCACCCCGGUGGUUUCGCGACGUCAGCGCCGGCAACACGAGGACAGAGGCCUCUCCACCGCCACGGCCUCCGCCAACGCCGGAACCGCAACCGCGCCGACCGUCGGCCUCUCGAAAGCGCGCGCCGUCGACAAGACGAAGGCCCAGCGCUCCAACGUGCCGCCCCGUUUUGCUCGCAAGCAGCAGCACCAGCAGCACCAGCAGCAGCAGCAGGCGCCCCACCCGGCUCUGUCCGGCAGACUUGUCGGCGAGCUCCCGUUGCCGCUGUGCGAUCGCGGCGACAGGAAGGGCGCCGACCACUCGCUGGGUACGGCGGCGGCGCAAGCGGCGACGUCCGUACGGAGGCAGCAGAGGGCACCGGGCGGAGGGGGAGGAGGAGAAGCCGCCGCGUGGGAGGCCCUGCCACCGUCGCCCUCCAUCCUGACGGACGUCGUCAAGAAAUCGGCGUUUGGAGCGAUCAGCUGUUCCCUGCCACCCGUGAGCGCCUGGACCAAGCCCCUCGCUUCCUUCCGCGUGGCGGACGUGACGGCCGGCACCGAGGCGCCGCGAGCCAGCCAGCACGACAGCGGCGUGGAUCUCAGCAUGGACUCGCACGGCUCCUCUGCCAACUCCUCACAGCGCAGCUCCCCAUAUGGCUCGGCAAAGUCUCCCGUGAGCGCCCCAGCGUCGGCCAGCAGCUCGGACGAUUCCAACUCCUCGUCCUCAUCUUCAACCUCAUCGACGGCAUCGGCGGCGGUGUCGGUGUCCACCACCUCCUCCUCGUCCACCUCCUCGUCGUCCGCCUCCUCCUCGUCCGCUCUGCCCGAAGCCAAGGAGCAGAGAGCGGUGACGGUGACGGGGGCUCUCGGAGGAGACGCUCGAGAGCUGGGCGAGGCGGUGCGUGUGGCGCUGGCCAGCGGCACCGGCGUGGGGGCGGUCUCGGGAGGGGGGGGUCCCUCCGCGGGGGAACACCGGCCCGGCCCCAUCGGCAAGGAGCGCUGGUUGCGCCAGCGGAGGUCGGAGAGGACUCCGCACGCAGCUGGCGCCGACGGCGGAGGGCACGGGCCUUGCGGCGCCACGCACUCGCCCGCGUUCAAGAGUCCGGGAUUCGCGUCUUCGGAAGACGUGAAGACAGCGUCUGGGCUGUCUGCAGCCGAGAGCCUGGGGCCCAGGGUGACGCUGCCCGGGGUGUCGGUGUCGCGUCCCGGAGGUUUGCCCUCUGACCUCGCCCACGACUCUCCAGCCACCGCCGACCUCACGCUCAAGAUGGAGUUUGCUCGCAAGGCCUGGGAGAACUCCCCCAGCCUCCCCCACGCCGCCCCCCGCUCGCCCCCGCUCGCUCCCCCACAACACCACAACCACCACCACCAGCAGCUGGCGCCGACGGCACAACCGCACCACCCGCACCAGCAGUCGCCGCCGCAACAACCGCCGCCCACAACCGUCCCGGCGGUGGGGGGCGGUGGCGGUGGCGGUGCCGCGACGAUGGCCGGGUACGGCCCGUUUGACGCGGGAGCCGGGCCCAUGCUGGUGCCGUCGCUGGCGCCGCCGUCACUGCCCGUGUUUGCGUCGUCUGCGGGGGGCCCUGCGUUCUACAUGAACGUGGGCCACCUGUUCACGGCCCAGCCGCGCCUGCACCCUCCGCCCCCCUCGCUGGGCCAGACGGCCUCCUUCCAGCCGGCGCUCUCUCAGCCGCCGCCGGUGCAGCAGGUGGCGUUCCCGGUGUACGCGUCGCUCGCGGCGCCGGCGCCACCGCAGGACGUGUUCACCGGAUCGCUCGCUCCCUUCCGUUCCCAACAGCAGGCUUACCUGCAAGGGAACCUGCAUCAGCAGCACCAUCAGCAGCACCAACAGCAGCAGCAGCAUCAGCAGCAGCAUCAGCAGCAGCAUCAGCAGCAGCAGUCACCCUCAGCCCCUGUGGUGCUGAGCGGAGUGCCAGCCGCUCUCUUCUCUACCAGCACCACAGCGAAACCUCACGCUUACAGCGCCACUUUUGCUGCACCACUACAGCCUCAGCACCACCUGCAGCAGCAGCAGCACCACCUCCUGCAACAGCAGCAGCAGCAACAGCAGCAGCAACAGCAGCAGCAUCUGCAGCAGCAGCAACAGCAGCAGCAUCUGCAGCAGCAGCAACAGCAGCAGCAUCUUCAGCAGCAGCAUCUUCAGCAUCUUCAGCAGCAGCAGCAGCAGCUGCAGCAGCAGCAACAGCAGCAGCACCAGCAGCACCUGCAGCAACAGCAACAACAGCAGCAGCAACAGCAGCAGCAACAGCAGCAACAGCAGCAGCAACAGCAGCAGCAACAGCAGCAGCAGCAACAGCAGCAGCAACAGCAGCAACAGCAGCAGCAGCAGCAGCAGCAGACGGUGUCUGUGGUUGGGGAGGUGGUGCCAGGGAAGAUGCCGGGACCGGCGCCGGUGUUGUACGGAGCUCCGGUUGGUGACGGCACGACUCAGGAAUGCCAGACUGUGUUUCCAUCUGGACAUCAUCAGCAACACAAGCAGAAUGGGUUUUCACAGGCUCCAGGAGGCAUCCUACAGCAUCAGGCCUCCCUUGCACCGGCUACUCUGCUCCCCUCCCAACCGGCGCAGCCUCCGUUUGGAAUCCGCGCAGCAGCGGCGCCCGCCAAGCAGCCGGGGGAGUCGGAGCGAAUGGGAGAGGACCUCGGCCAGGGUUCCUCCACCCUCGGCGGCCCGGCCUCCUCCUGCACCUUCAGGACGGCCGGGCUGACCCCCCAGACGACCGCGGUGGUGACGGUGACGGCGUCCGGUGGUGCCGGGCCGCCGGCGGCGACGACUGCCGCCCCCCCCCCACCGUGCUUCCCCAAGCACCCGGGAGCCGGAGCCGUGAGGGUCGGGGGGCCGCCCCCUUACCCCCCGCACUACCUCCCCACACAGGCCAUGCCCCAGCCGGCGCUGCUGCGCCAGACGGUGCGUCCCGCCCAGGGCACCACCUUCCCCGCGCCCAUCCAGCGCCCGCCACCGCCGACGCCUCAGCCGCGGGUGGCGACUCCGCCGCAGCAGCAGCAGCAGCCGCAGCAGCAGCAGCAGCAACAGCCGCAGCUGCAGCAACAGCAUCAACAGCAACCACAGCAGCAGCAGCAACAGCAGCAGCAGCCGUCGUCAGCUCCGCCGGGCGGUUCCAUCGCGGCCCGGUUCACCAGACCGCCCAGUGGCGGCGGCGGUCAGCAGCCCGCAGCGCUGCCCCCCGCUCAGCAGCAGGAGCAGCAGCAGGAACAGCAGCAGCAGCAGGAGCAAGCGGCCGCGCUAGCGCCGGUGGGCAGCCGAGUGGCGGUGUCGUCGUCGUCGCCACCGCCGUUCGUCAACCCGCGCGAGAUGAAGGCCAAGCAGCGAGCUGAGGUUCUGCAGUCGACCCAGAAAUUCUUCGCCGGGCAGCAGCAGCAGCAUCAUCAGCAGCAGCACCAUCAGCACCAUCAGCACCAUCAGCAGCAGCAUCAGCAGCAGCAGGGCAAGCCUGGCACGCAACCACCGGCCUCCUCCACCGCCGAACAAACCCACGAUCAGCAGGCCGCUUGCCCCGCCGACGGGGCCACGGUGGCCCCCGGCGUUCCAAGCGGUGACGGCGGCGGUGCCGCCGUCACCGUCGCCGGCAACGACGCCACCGACGUCCACCAGGGGCCGCUGCCGCCGUGCGGGAAGCCGGCACGGACGGGCCCCAUCAAGCCGCAGCUCGGCGCGAGGGCCGCCGGCGAUCAGGAGGAGUUGCCCUGACGACCACGACCACGGCGACGAGGAGGUGGUGGUGGAGGUGGUGGAGGAGGUGGAAUGAAGGAGGAGCCAGGGGCGGGGGGUGGUAGGAAGGAGGAAGAAAUGAAGACGGUCCAGCUUUUUCAAGGCUUGUGGCCCCCAUCAUCCGGUGGAUGAAGAUGACGAGGGUGGGGGGAGGUAGGGAGCCGGAGGGAAUGGCGGCGGCGGUCACGUUGGCGGUUUUUGCCGCGUCGUCACCGCUCGCCCCGCGGGGAGGGAGGGAGGAGGGAGGGAGGGAGGAGGGAGUGACGCUAGUCCUCCGCUCGACGUUCCCACAAGGAAGUCCUCUUUAUCGGUGACACGCACGGCACGCGCGAACGCGUGCCGUGCGGUUUCCCCCGGCAUCCAGGAGAACCGCCACCACCCCUCUCCCCCCCCCCGUCCCCCGGCCUUCCGCGGGAAUUCCGCACGGAUGGAUUCCGGGUUCCGUACGGGUGGAUCGAUGUUGCUGUGCUGCCAGCACUGUACAGUGCCGCCCCCCCCCCCCCCCACACACCCACCCACCUCCCGUGCCCCCGUAGCCCGGGGACUCUUGUUGCAGUCUUGCAGGCAUCUCUGCGUGGAUCGCCAACCCCUGCCCCCCCCCCCCCCACACACAUCCCCCCUCACCCCCCCCCCCUCACCACCCCCCCCCCCCGGCCCCCGUUGAGUUAAGCGACGGGUUUUGGGUCAGUCCCCUUUGACCUUUCUCCUGUUGUGUUUCCCAGGCGUGUUCCGGUUUUGUUUGUUAGCGUUUUAAUUUUAAACCUUAGACUUAGCUUUUUUAUAUAUAUAUUAAUGUAACCGUGUUGUUUAUUAUUAUUAUUAUUUUGUUUUGCCCCCUCCCUCCCCCCCCCUUUAUCACUUGACGCCACCGCCACCGACAUCACCACCGCCACCACCGCCACCACCACCACUACAACCACUGCUACCGCCACUGCCAACACCGUUACCGCCACCACCACCACUAUUACCACCACUACCGCCGCCACCGUCACGGUGACUGCCCCCCCCAUUCCGGAGAUGGUGGCGGCGGCGGUCACGAUGGCGGCGGUCAGUCGCUCGACGUCCUCACAACGGGACGUGGUGGCCCCCCCCACCCCCCCCCCACCGCACCCCCCACCGCCCCCCACCCCCACCGCGCCCCCCCCCCACCCACCGUUCCUCCGUGUCCGUCCAAGGGGGGGCGAUGGCGAGCGGCACGGAUCGACGGGGGGCCAACGCUUCGCAACGUACGGGCCAGAGUGGAGGGUCGUGUGUGUGGCUGGGGGUCGCGGACGCGGUGAACUUUUUGAACCUUGGAACGCCUCUCGCACAAAGCUCGGGGUCGGAUGGAUGUGUGGCGCCGCGGUCGGCCUGACUCGGCUCCGGGGGGGGGGCACGCGACCCCUCCGUCAACUCCUCUCCUCGCUCCUCUCCGCGUCCCGUCCGGCUUGCGACGGAGCGACGACAUUUAUUUAAAAAAUCUCGAACGAAGCGGUUGUCGUCGUCGUCGUCGUCGUCUUCAUCGUCGUCGUCGUCGUCAUGGCGACGGCAGCCUUCCCCCGCGCCCACCGUGCUCGGUGUUGGCGGAGGGAGUCGUCACCACGAGACUGGAGGGAGCACGCAGACACAGUGACCCAUCACACAAACACACACAGUGGCCGAUUGCACACACACACACACAGUGACCCAUCACACAAACACACACAGUGGCCGAUUGCACACACACACACACGGUGACCCAUCACACAAACACACACAGUGGCCGAUUGCACACACACACACACGGUGACCCAUUGCACACACACACGCAGCGACCCAUUGCACACACACACGCAGCGACCCAUUGCACACACACACGCAGCGACCCAUUGCACGCACACACACACGCAGCGACCCAUUGCACGCACGCGCACACGCAGUGACCCAUUGCACACACACACACACGCAGCGACCCAUUGCACGCACGCGCACACGCAGUGACCCAUUGCACACACACACACGCAGCGACCCAUUGCACACACACACGCAGCGACCCAUUGCACGCACGCGCACACGCAGUGACCCAUUGCACACACACACACACGCAGUGACCCAUUGCACGCACACACACACGCAGUGACCCAUUGCACACACACACAGUGACACACAGCGCAUGUUGUUUUGCCCGAACCGCGACGUUGAGAAGAGAGGAAAAACGACGGGGAGAGAGAGAGAGAGAGACGGAGAGAGAGGGAAAAUACAAUCGCCUCCGCUCACGUUUUCGUUGUCACCAUCCUCUCGGAUUGCCACGAGCGACGGUGAAAGGAGGACGAGACGGAAUCGUCACCGCUCGGCUCACGGUUCAAACAGAACCGCUGCUGCUGCUGCGGCUACGACUACGGGGGCAGCGGUGGGGAGGGUGGACUUCAGCGGUGUGGGGAGGGUGGACUUCGGCCGGAGGUCGUGCCGUGGGUCAUCACGACUGAUCGCAGCGGCGAUCGCCGCCCCGAAAAUAGUCGCGACACGAAGCAGCUCGGCCGUUUCCUUUCCGCGCAGUGGCAGCGUGCGCGCGUGUACAUGUACGCGUGAGCGUGUACAUGUAUCCGCGCGCGUGUACAUGUAUGUAUGCAUGCGCGUGUACAUGUAUCCGCGCGCGUGUACAUGUAUGUAUGCAUGCGCGUGUACAUGUAUCCGCGCGCGUGUACAUGUAUGUAUGCAUGCGCGUGUACAUGUAUCCGCGCGCGUGUACAUGUAUGCGUGCACGUGCGUGUGCACGAGCCCCGCUUUUUGCAUUGGUAUUUAACCCGUCCCCUUGUGUGUGCGUGUGCAGUCACGGGGUUGGGGUUGGCGCGGGUUAACUGAACGUGACCAGCGCCGCCGCGGUGAAUGUUCCUUCCCACGUGUCUCUGACCUCCCCUGACUCUCCCAUGACCCCCACAUGACCCCCACCCCUGCGUGUUCCGGUCACGACAUUUCACAGGUAGACGGGCGUCCGAGACUGGACAUUCUCAAGGGUGGCUCCAUUGCUCAGCGAAUUUUUUUUGUCGUUUCUGGCUUUUUAUUUGACGACGACGGUGACGACGACACUGCCCGGCAGUCGCCGUUCGUUUCACGGCGGCACUCACCCCCACCUCAUGGGACAGACAAAGGGGGGGUCCCCCCGCCUGCUUUCCCGCCCUGGGAAUGUGGAAUUUCCCCCACGCGCUCCGUUCUCAGCGUAGCAGUGCGGCCGAGACGUCCGCUUCUGCAACCACCCCCCCCCCCCCCCCCCCCCCGGUUUGGAUUUUGUAAGAGUCAAAGUUCUUUGGGAGGUGGAAAAAUUUAAACGCCCCCCCCCCCCCCCCCGGGUUUUUGACUCCAUCUCCUGGACUCGGCACGUCAAGUUUUGAGUCACACCCCCGGGGUCCGACCCCAUCGACUGGUAGAGAGGGGGAGAUGUGGUCUCCCUCGCCCCGGGUACGCAAGAGGUCGUGGGUUCGAUCCCGAACCUGACGAUGCCUGCUGUAGAUUUGGAGUCUGUGUGUCUCUCAUCAUUAUCACGGUGGCUAGGAGAUGUUAACUACCUCGCCUGGUACGCAGGAGGUCGUGGGUUCGAUCCCGAACCUGACGAUGCCCGCUGCUGUAGAUUUGGAGUCUGCGUCUCUCUCUUCUCACACCCCACCCUCUCCCUCCUCACCCCCCACCGUGGUGAUCGCAUGGAGUCAUCUCCGGUCUUUCCCAGGGUCCACACAUUUACAAUCGACAAACGUGCGUUUAUCAGAGUAUUUGGGCUACCGCUGUAAUUUUUUUGCGCGUGAUGACGAGCCGCUAAGUUGAGCUUAUCCACUUGUGGGCCAGGCCGCGUCUUAAAAAGAGCUCUAGAGCUCAGUGAGCUUUAGUUGAUGAAAUAAAAAAAAUCAAGUUUAGCUUGAGUAUGGGUUACUCAAAACCUCUUUCCAGGAUGGUUUGGCCAGCGUAGGAGAGGCCAAAAUUGCCCCCGUCUCACAGAGCUCCCUCUGGCGGGAGACACUUCCGCCAGCAGGGGGGGUGAGGGAGCAGUUGCGGGGAUGCACCUUUGAUUUUUUUUUAAAUUGGGAACAUUUCCCCUUGGUCGACCAUGUUGCCUAGGGGACAUCGUGGCGGCCAUGAUGCCUGGGGGACAUCGUGGCGGCCAUGAUGCCUGGGGGACAUCGUGGCGGCCAUGUUGCCUGGGGGACAUCGUGGCGGCCAUGUUGCCUGGGGGACAUUGUGGCGGCCAUGUUGCCUGGGGGACAUGACGGCCAUGUUGCGUGGGGGACAUCGUGGCGGCCAUGUUGCCUGGGGGACAUCGUGGCGGCCAUGAUGCGUGGGGGACAUCGUGGCGGCCAUGUUGCCUGGGGGACAUGACGGCCAUGUUGCGUGGGGGAUUUCUCAUCGGCCAUCUUGCUUGGGGGUGGCAGGCGGGGGGGACAUCAUGGCGGCCAUGUUGCUUGGGGGGGGGGUUGUCUUCUUGGCAGCUAAUUGGCCGGUGCGGUGGGUGUGGUCACAUGCUCCCGAGCAACUGCUCUUGGGCUUUAUUUACUUUAGAUUUGAAGCUUUCGUGACUGCAAGGAUUCAUACUCUUGUUUUUUUCGGUAAAGUCACGUAGGUAAAAAAUGUAAUUAAAAUUAAUAAAAAUAAAAUAAUUGUAUUUUUAUUAAUUUUAAUACUCAAAGUUUUUUGGGUAAAGUCACGUAGGUAAAAAAAUGAAAUUUAAAUUAAUAAAAAUAUUUUUAUUUUUAUUAAUUUUUAAUUAAAAUUAAUACAAAUGUAAUCAUUUUAUUUUAUUUUUAUUAAUUUUUAAUUAAAAUUAAUAAAAAUAAAUAAUUUUAUUUUUAUUAAUUUUAAUUUCAUUUUUUUACCCACGUGACUUUCCCCAAAAAAACUUAAGAGCAUUUAUUUACUUUGAGUAACGAUCCCUUUUCUCUUAGGACAUUUCGGACCCUCGCUACGACAAAUCUUUACGGAGCCUUUUCUACGCUUUGGGGGGGGGGCCAGCACGGAUGCUUUUACGACGCCGAUUCUCAACGCGGGUCCACUCGGCCCCUCGCAGAGUCACGGGAGGAAAUUCCACAUUCCAAAUGGUGGCGAGAGCGAGAGUGGGACAUACGCGGCAGAGAAAGGGGCAAUUUUUUUUUUGACCGAUCGCUGGAAUCGUUUGGUGGAUCGCGGGGAGCGACAUUACGGGGCCGGGGAGUGGAUCAUGUCGAUGCUUAUUGGUUGCGUAGCUCCCACGAGCAGCUGUGUGCGUGCGUGUCCUUGGGGGGGGGGGGGGGGGGGUGGAUUGUGUCUUCGACGAAUCGUAAUAUCGGCGCGGCGCAGGGGAACCACUCGCGAGAGGAAUUUGGCUGAAAAAUGUACAAAUGAAAUCGAAAUAAAAACCUCAAAACAAG